CUGCGCGGGCGCUCUGACCACCGGCUGGCUCCUCGUGGAGGCUUCUCUGGUCCGCGCGCUUCAGCUCGUCUUGAGCUCCGGGCGGCUGCCGCGACACGCGGCGCUCGCGCGCCAUGUCGUGGCUCUUCGGGAUCAAGGGCCCUAAGGGCGAAGGCGCGGGGCCGCCGCUGUCCCUGCCGCCCGCUCAGCCCGGGGGCGAAGGCGGCGGGGACCGCGGCGCGGGGGACCGGCCGGGGCCCAAGGACAAAUGGAGCAACUUUGACCCGACGGGCCUGGAACGUGCAGCCAAGGCGGCGCGAGAGCUGGAGCAUUCGCGACACGCCAAGGAGGCACUGAGUCUUGCACAGAUGCAGGAGCAGACGCUGCAGCUGGAGCAGCAGUCCAAGCUCAAGGAAUAUGAGGCCGCCGUGGAGCAGCUGAAGAGCGAGCAGAUCCGCGUUCAAGCUGAGGAAAGGAGAAAGACUCUGAGCGAGGAGACGAGGCAGCACCAGGCUAGGGCCCAGUACCAGGACAAGCUGGCCCGGCAGCGCUAUGAGGACCAGCUGAAGCAACAGCAACUUCUCAACGAGGAGAAUUUAAGGAAGCAGGAGGAGUCUGUGCAGAAGCAGGAGGCCAUGCGGCGAGCCACCGUGGAACGGGAGAUGGAGCUUCGGCACAAGAACGAGAUGCUGCGGGUGGAGGCCGAGGCGCGCGCCCGAGCCAAGGCCGAGCGUGAGAACGCAGACAUUAUUCGUGAGCAGAUACGCCUGAAGGCUGCUGAGCACCGGCAGACCAUUCUGGAGUCCAUCAGGACAGCCGGCACCCUGUUUGGUGAAGGGUUCCGUGCCUUCGUGACAGACUGGGACAAAGUGACAGCCACGGUGGCCGGGCUGACACUGCUGGCCGUGGGGGUCUACUCUGCCAAGAACGCCACGUCUGUUGCUGGACGGUACAUUGAGGCCCGGCUGGGGAAGCCGUCCCUGGUGAGGGAGACGUCUCGGAUCACAGUGCUUGAGGCCCUGAGGCACCCCAUGCAGGUCAGCAGGCGCCUCCUUGGUAAGCCCCAGGACGCACUGGAGGGCGUCGUCCUCAGUCCCAGCCUGGAAGCGCGCGUGCGAGACAUUGCCAUUGCGACAAGGAACACCAAGAAGAACCGGAGCCUCUAUAGGAACAUUCUGAUGUAUGGGCCUCCUGGCACCGGCAAGACGCUGUUUGCCAAGAAACUCGCGCUGCACUCGGGCAUGGACUAUGCCAUCAUGACAGGUGGGGAUGUGGCCCCCAUGGGGCGGGAUGGCGUGACUGCUGUGCACAAGGUCUUCGACUGGGCCAGCACCAGCCGGCGAGGCCUCCUGCUCUUCGUGGAUGAAGCAGAUGCCUUCCUCAGGAAGCGAGCGACUGAGAAGAUAAGCGAGGACCUCAGGGCCACCCUGAAUGCAUUCCUGCACCGGACAGGGCAGCACAGCAGCAAGUUCAUGCUGGUCCUGGCCAGCAACCAGCCCGAGCAGUUUGACUGGGCCGUCAACGACCGCAUCGACGAGAUGGUCCGCUUCGAUCUGCCGCGGCAGGAAGAGCGGGAGCGCCUGGUGAGGAUGUAUUUUGACAAGUACGUUCUGAAGCCAGCCACAGAAGGAAAGCAGCGCCUGAAGCUGGCUCAGUUUGACUACGGGAAGAAGUGCUCAGAGGUCGCGCACCUGACGGAGGGCAUGUCUGGUCGGGAGAUCUCCCAGCUUGCUGUGGCAUGGCAGGCCAUGGCAUAUGCCUCUGAGGAUGGAGUCCUCACUGAGGCCAUGGUGGAUGCCCGGGUCCAGGAUGCCAUCCAGCAGCACCAGCAGAAGAUGCAGUGGCUGAAGGCUGAGGGAGCCAGGCCUGAGGGUGGCCAGGCUGCGUGAACUGGCCCUGGUACCUGGGGCACGCAAGCCAGGUGGCUUUGCCAGGAAGAAGCCCCAAGAUGCCCGCCUCUCCCUGUGGCGGGCCUACACAGCCGCCCACCUCAGCAUUUUUAAGUACUUCUCCAGUCAGGGCCAGGACAGCACCGAAGGCCUCUGCUUGGGACCAGCCGCAGCUAUGGCAUCUUUGUGGCGGGGCCGG